GGACAGGGAGAGGGCAGCAUCCACCCGCUCUCCCUCAGCAUCCUCCACCAGCACAGCCCAGGAGAGGAUCUGCGGCUCAGGACACCUUCGGGAGGAUCCCCUAGCACAACAUAUGUUACAUCCACACGCACGGCUGCUUUCCCCUUCCAGGAAAGAGGAGAAGGAAGGAGAGGAAAGAGCUCCGGAGGGCUCCAGGGAUUCUCCAUGUGAGCGGAGCCGGACGAUGCCCCCGGGAGCCGCUGCCGGGUGCGGCAGGUGAGCAUCACCCGCGGGGCAGCCCCGCUCCCGCCUGCUCCGCCGAUCCCCCUGCUCUGAUGCCGCUCUGGAUGUCCCGGUGAGAACUCUUAGAGAUGCCUAUUCUCUCCAGAGGCAGUGACCAAGACUAUAGCAACAUUAGCUACAACUCCUGCAAUUCCUUGAGCCACUUGUUUCCCAUCUGCGUGGAAACCCCUUCUGUCAAGGGGGUCCAUUACCAGAGAGCCAGGAGGAUUCACCACCCUGACCAAGUGUCUGCAGUCGACCUGAAGACAGAGAUCAUGAUCAACGUUGGGGGCAUCAAGUACCUGCUGCCUUGGAGUACUUUGGACGAGUUUCCCCUGACCAGACUGAGCAAACUGAAGCUUUGCAGCAGCUAUGAAGAAAUCAUCCAGCUGUGUGACGAUUACGACGAGGACACCCACGAGUUCUUCUUUGACAGGAACCCCAACGCUUUCGGGAUGAUCGUCAGCUUCCUCGCAGCAGGGAAGCUGAUGCUCUUGAGAGACAUGUGUGCCUUGUCUUUCCAGGAGGAGCUCAGGUACUGGGGCAUUGAGGAAUCCAACCUGGAGAACUGCUGCUUUCGGAAACUCUUCCAGAAGCUGCAGGAGCUGGCCGAGAUCCGCAAAGAAGAGGAGCUCCGGAGGAGCAAGGAGGCUUCGUGUGUCUUGGAUGAGAAAACCAGGUUCGGGCAGUUCAUGAACAGGCUCAGAGAUAUGGUGGAAAAUCCCCAGUCAGGACUGCCAGGCAAAGUCUUUGCUUGUCUCUCCAUCCUCUUUGUGGCCACCACAGCUGUCAGCCUUUGCGUGAGCACAAUGCCAGACUUGAGAGCUGAAGAAGACAGGGGUGAGUGUUCCCAGAAGUGCUAUUACAUCUUCGUCAUCGAGACCAUCUGCGUGGCUUGGUUCUCCCUGGAGUUCUGCCUCCGCUUCAUCCAGGCCAGGAGCAAGUGUCAGUUCUUCAAAGGACCCCUGAACAUCAUCGACUUCUUGGCCAUUUCCCCUUACUACGCCUCCCUCAUCUUCUCUGAGGACGACUCCAGCGAGGAGGAGGACAGGCCGAGCAGCAACACGUACCUGGAGAAGGUGGGCCUGGUGCUACGGGUUUUACGUGCCUUGAGGAUCCUGUACGUCAUGCGCCUUGCCCGCCACUCGCUGGGCCUGCAGACCCUGGGCCUCACCGUGCGCAAGUGCACGCGGGAGUUCGGGCUGCUGCUGCUCUUCCUGUGCGUGGCCGUCACCCUCUUCUCCCCCCUGGUGUACCUGGCUGAGAAUGAGUCAGGCAGGGUGCUGGAAUUCACCAGCAUCCCCGCCUCCUACUGGUGGGCCAUCAUCUCCAUGACCACUGUGGGCUACGGGGACAUGGUGCCACGGAGCGUGCCGGGCCAGAUGGUGGCUCUGAGCAGCAUCCUCAGCGGGAUCCUCAUCAUGUCCUUCCCCGCCACCUCCAUAUUCCACACCUUCUCCCACUCCUACUCCGAGCUGCGCAAGGAGCACGAGCGGUUGCAGUCGCGGCUGAGCCGAGCCAAGAGCGCCAACCGCGCUGGGGAAAGUGACACCUUCAACGAGACGGACAGCCUGAUCCUGGAGGGACAGGCCUCCCCCAUCAAAUACAUCUACACAGGGAACUGAGCCUGGAGACCAUAUCAAACACAUCUGCACAGGGAACUGGGCCUGGUGUUCUCCUCAAACACAUCUACAUGGGGAACUGGACCAGGCCUGCCCCAUCAAAUACAUCUACAUGGGAAACUGAGCCUGGGACCACAUCAAAUACAUCUGCACAGGGAAACUGAGCUGGGAACCACAUCAAAUAUAGCUGCACAGAGACCUACCUGGGCCUGGAGAUCCCAUCAAAUAUAUCUACACAGGGAACUGAGCCUGGAGACCAUAUCAAACACCCCUACACAGGGAACUGGGCCUGGUAUCCCCAUCAAACACAUCUACACAGGGACCUGGGCUUGGAGACCCCAUCAAACACAUCUACAUGGGGACCUGGGCCUGGAGACCCCAUCAAACACAUCUACACAUGGACCUGGGCCUGGAGACCCCAUCAAACACAUCUACACAUGGACCUGGGCCUGGAGACCCCAUCAAACACAUCUACACGGGGACCUGGGCCUGGAGACCCCAUCAAACACAUCUACAUAGUGACCUGGGCCAUCUACACAGUGACUUGGGCCUGGAGACUACAUCAAACACAUCUACAUGGGGACCUGGGCCUGAUAUCCCCCUCAAACAGAUCUACACAGGAACCUGGGCCAGGCCUCCCCCAUCAAACACAUCUCUACAGGGACCUGGGCCUGGUAUCCCCCAUCAAACACAUCUACACAGGUUAGUGAGCCUAGUACCCAUAACAAAUACAUCUACACAGGGAACUGAGCCUGAAACCACAUCAAACAUCUCUACACGGGGACCUGGGCCUGGAGACACCAUCAAACACAUCUACACAGGGGUCUGAGCCUGGUCUGGGCCGUUCCCAAGACCACAGACAGAAAUGUGCGCAUGUGUACAUCAGCAAAACACACAAAGCAAAACAACAGCACAGGUUACAGUGCUGUCCUCUCUCCUGGCAUAGGUAUAAGCAGCAGCCAACCCAACAAAGCCAGCUCCAAAAAAUCCCCGUGGAGCUGGAGGUUGGAAGAAUGUAAAAAAGCCAGAGUUUAUUCAGUGAUAAAUGCUCAUUCUUCUCUAUGACUACUAAGAAUAAACUUUGUCUCUACCACUCAUGCAUCUUGCUGAAUACCUAACACUGAAUGAGUAACAAACAAACCAGCUUCUGUUGGCACAAACACACUUGUUAUUUCAUUUGCCUUUGAGUUUCCAGUGUUCUUGCAAUGAAUUUCCUGAGCCAGGCGUUAGGACACAUUCUUUCAGGGCUACACACCAGUGUGGUUAUCCACAGCUCAUCCACCAGGCAUACAGACACAAAUCCAAAUUCUGUAUUUAAAGCCAGUAACAAGCUUAAAAUAAAAAUAAAACUGCUGUAUGCGACAGCUUUCAAAGUUUGCCUGUAGCCAGAUGAUCAAUCUGUACCUAACAAAUUGCACUGCUUUGUAUAAAACACUGUUUGCAAGAGCAUUUGCUUGAAAUGCAGUUGUGGUCUGCAGACUGUAAACAUAUCAUACUAGACAGCAAAAGUCUUCAAACUUCUUUUUCAUAUAAUUAUUUAAAAUAAAAAUGAGAAAUUAAAAAAAAAAAAAAAAGCCCAAGCUU